AUGAGUUGGCCCAAAUCUCUCCUUGUCAUUGGUCACUUCGGCCUUGGUCCCCGAAACAGCGCGCUAGUUUCGUCACUGUUCGUCCGGACAACCGGGCUUGUCAAUGCCCAAAGUAUUCGCAAGUAUCAACUCAGAAAUACCAUGAGAGCGAAUGUCACGACCACUAACUUUUGCCAAUAUGAUCUGCUACACUAUGAGUCUGGCGCCGUCAGGACUCCAGCAUUAAAUGCUGAGCUGGCGUUCGGUGCGACGGGCCCUUUUUCCUCUUCAGACCAAAGUCACAAAAAUGGAGAGCGAUCCAAGUAG